UGCUUAAAAUUUUACCAUUUUGUAUAUGCUUUCCAUCCAAUAAAUUUGCAGAUCGCGACCGGUUGUUUUGUCUUCUGGAUGCGUCUGUGCCGUAUUCUAUACUCGUUGCUUGGACAGCAUGCUCCGGCGAAACUAUUGCCACAAUUGUUCCAAGAGGCUGUUUUCAAUGAAGUCAACAUUCAAAUGAUAGAUAGAAAAUUGCAAGAAGUUCUUUUUUCUAAAAGGAUCCCAUCAUAUACCGUUUCCAAAGAAGCAUGUGAUAAACUCAGUGAACAUGGAAUUAAUGCGUACGAGCGCAGUGGGGGUGAUGCAGCAAUGUACAUUAAUUUACCGCCCUUGUUGGGACCUGAUGUUAAACACCACUUCGAGGGAAUCGCGUCAGAAUUAUCCAAACCCUAUUUUAAUUGCAUUCGUAGUCUUUCCAAACUUCCUAAACCUCCAACCCACUGGAAAUUCAUCCCAGGCUGGACAAGCUACGCAAACGGAACUGCAAUCUCUGUUGAUUGUCCAUCUGAAGAGGGAUUAGUUUUUGACACCGAGGUCCUAGUUAAGGAAAGUAACGCUCCCAUUAUUGCCGUUGCGGCGUCUGUGAACGGCUGGUAUCUAUGGGUUUCCCCAAGACUUUUCGAACCCCCUGUGGAACCGACGAAUAUGGUUACUUUGGCCGAUCUGAUACCGUUAUAUAGUCCAGGAACAAGUUUGUCUUCUCCUAAAUGCAUUGUUGGACACUUUGUCAGUUACGAUCGGGCGCGCAUCACCGAGGAGUACCUGACUGAUUCUUUAGAAUGGAUUAAAGAAGCCAGUUUAAAUAGCCUUGUUGAAGUUUACAAACUCUACUGUAAGAAGGAUCCGCCUCAAGAUAAGUCAUUGCGGGUUAUUUUCGAAAAAGGUUCUCGAAAAGACGUCAUCAAAAAUUUUCAGAAACUCGUUACUUACUGUGCGCUUGAUGUCCACAUGACAUUCGACAUUUUUCAGUGUCUCUGGAAGCUUUUCACUGAACGGUCGUGGGUAGAUUUCCAAGAACGAGCUAAUCAGGCCUACGCUGAUCUGAACACCAAACAGAAGACUAUGCUGCAGAAACUGGCCGAGGAUGCAUUAAAAAGGCACAACGGAAAUGACAAAAGCUACGAAAGAGAUCCUUGGCUCUGGGACUUGGAUUGGUCAAAGCCCAAAAAACCUGCAUCUACAUUGAAAUGGGGUACGCUCAUUCCUGGACGUGUCCCCAAGCCUGUUGGAGAUCCUCAGUUCUACAAACAGAAUUCCAACCUUAAAGAAAAUCGAUCGAGUCAUGCGCUCAGUAUUCAAUCGCCACAAUCACAAAUUUUACCUAGUAUCACGGUCGUCAAAACCGCUGCGGCUGGUCCACGGCUACUACAGUUUCCUUACAGGGAAUAUCUCCAGUACUGGGAAAAAGAAAUUGAAAAACGCCUUUUUGACCUGAAUUCACGCGUAGCAUUUAAAAAUCGUGUAGACCCGACCCCCCGGGACAAAUUCUUGCUAGAUGAACUUCGUCGUAGCGUCGAAGUAAUGCCUCUGGACUUCGAUGUCAUGCAUCGCCUAAUUGCAUCCUUUAAGCAAGUGUCGGAGGAAUGUAAAGUGGAACAAUUUGCAACAGAAAAACUGACAUUACCUAUCUAUGAAUAUUUGGGCGAACUCCAAGUAAGAAACCGAAUUUUUCCAUACCAAACUUUUUGUCUCGUUUCUAUGUGUAGUUCUCAAACAUUUUCAUAUUUACAGGUUAAAGGUGCCCUGUUUUGGCAAAACAAGCAUCGCUACGAUACACGACGGUGUGGCAUGGUUGGCCGUCAAAAAAUUCAUCGUCGCACAACCACAGAUACAAUCAAUCCGGAAAUUGCGACCUGUUGGUUUUGUCCACUCCCGAAUGAGGUUGCGUUUAGUGGUGGCCAAGGUUUGCCUGUGGGCUCACCUCUCUCCAAGCCCUUUCAAGUGCACAUCGCCUCAGGACGCCUUCACAGUGCUCAGACAUCCGGCGAAGGCGAGAACCAGGCUGCGGAUCAAAUUUUGCGAGAUCGCAUUCGAGCCUCCUUUUGGCAGAGCUAUUCGAAGCGAGUCAUGUCGCAAAUGUAUGUCUUUCUUCCAACACGCUUGUUGCCCCCCACAGUUCAAUCCUCGCUUAAUGAAGAAGCAGCACCUCGUGGUCAGCUAUACGGAGCUAUCUUACCUCAAGUGAUAGCCGCUGGAACCAUCUCUCGUCGUGCAGUGGAACCGCUUUGGUUGACGGCCAGCAAUGCAGAACCCGAACGUCUAGGCAGCGAAAUCAAGGCGAUGGUUCAGGCGCCGCCCGGAUACUGCAUUGUUGGCGCUGAUGUAGACUCCCAAGAGAUGUGGAUUGCAUCUCUUAUCGGGGACUCCAAAGUUGGAUUCCAGGGCAAGUCCUGCUUUCUUUGGAAUAAUUUGCGGUUUAUGCCUACACCGAUUGUUUUGUUGAUGUUCGAACAGAUAUCUGUAUGCGGAACUCCCUAUGGUUGGAUGACACUGGAGGGUAGCAAAGCUAAGGGCACGGAUCUGCAUACGAAGACAGCCAACUUGAUCGGAAUCAAGCGUAACGAGGCUAAGGUAUUGAAUUAUGCCCGACUUUACGGAUCAGGAGUCGAGUUUACAAAACAUUUGCUCUCCAAAUUUCAAUCAAAUAUACGGCCGGAGGAAGCCAGUUUGAAGGCCGAAAAGCUGAUGCGCGCUACGAAAGGAUACCGCGUGUCUGUGCCCUCGCAAAACAACUCGGAGGGAAAAGUGGAGUACAAAUCCAUCUGGAGGGGAGGAACGGAAUCCCACGUCUUCAAUGCGCUCGAGGCGAUUGCUCGGAGUCCUGAGCCACGCACCCCAGUGCUAGGCGCGCAAAUAACUCGCGCGCUGACACCAAAGGCGGUCCAAGAUGACUUUCUUCCUAGUCGGAUAAAUUGGGUUGUGCAGAGUUCAGCAGUUGACUACCUUCAUUGUCUACUGGUGUCCAUGGCCUGGUUAAUAAAGAAGUUCAACCUGCGUGCCCGCCUCUGCAUCAGCAUACACGACGAGGUCCGCUACCUGUGCUACAAACGCUGCGCGGACGAAGUUGCCCUCGCGCUUCAGGUGACGAAAAGUUGCCUAAAAGCACAAUUGCUCCUCUUUUACCCAUCACUGAGCAAACGAAUUUAUUUUUUUCAGAUAAGCAAUUUAUUGACGCGGUCAUUUUUUGCAUAUCAACUGGGGAUGCACGACCUACCAGAGUCGGCUGCUUACUUCAGUUCAGUUGAAGUCGACAGUUGUCUACGAAAAGACCCUUUAAACGACUGCAAAACCCCAUCGAAUCCAGAUGGUCUGGAAGCCACCUAUAAAAUACCUAAAGGGAAAUCAUUUACAAUUGCUGAGAUAAUCGAACGAACUGGCGGUGUACUGAAAUCGUUCAACGACGAAAACAAUGACAAUGCAGCGAACGCUUCUUAUCGUGUUUAA